AUGGCUUUCGCGCUGACCAAUCGACGCGAGAUCGCGGGCCCCCUCGCGGCGUUGUAUCUGUUGCGCGGAUCAUGCACAUACAUGAGCGCUUCAUGUACAUCUCUCCCUCUCUACGACGUUUUGCACGAGUUAAUUCAGAACGGCACGCACUCAUGCAACCUCGUCGAGCUUCAAGAGGCUGAGUCCAACGUCACGAUUCGCGCUGCCUCCUUCCUCGACGACUAUAUCUUCCGCCCGUCCUCGCUAGACCGUAUGAAUCUUUACGAAUUCGCCAUGGCGUGUUUUCGCCGCAAGCAAUCCAAGUCGGCAGCAACGCCCGAUUUGUUUUUGCCCGGACAUCCCCUUUUUAAUACGCAUUGCAUUGGUCAUCAUCAAACUGAAGCGGUCCCGGUCAUCACAGGUGUGCGAAUGCCUUCAUCAAGAACUGCUGGACCCGACAGCAGAAUGUACGGCUCGCACCGCCAUUGA